AUGGGUUCACUCUGGUCCUCCCCAUCAUUAUUACCAUCUCAGCAAGAUAACGAGACAGAGCCCUUUUCACACCUUCCUAAAGAGAUAGGUACAGACCCGACACUGAGGGAAGACUCCAACGUCUCGAACCGUAACUCAGAGGCCGCGAGUACCAGCACUGACUCCAGCACAAACACAAACGAAAACCAUGCUUCUACAUCCCAGUCUUCGCUUGAAGGCGCCCCCGACUCGGGCCCCAUUAAGAUUGCUAUCAUCGGCGGCGGUAUCAUCGGCAUAAUCACAGCGCUGGGUCUGAUCCACCGCGGCAUCAACGUAACCGUCUACGAGCGCGCCCCCAAGUACACCGAGACGAGUGCGGGCUUCUCAUUCAGCAAGGGCGCCCGCAAAGCAAUGGAAAUAGUAUCGCCACGGGUGCUGGAAGCGCUGCUCCGCGUCGCGGCGCCAAACAAGCACCCGUUUAUCCGGUACUUUGACGGUUUUACGCCCGGCGCAGACGAAGCGCAGUGGCAGAUUCCUGCCGAACGGCCGGAUUACUAUGGUUGUCUGCGCGCGGCGUUUCUGGAGAGCUUGGGGCAGGAAGUGCCGGAGGGGAUCGUGAAGUUUGGGAAGGUUCUGGAGAGCUAUGAGGACAAUGAGGAGGGGAAGGUGCUUUUGCGGUUUAGAGAUGGCAGCACAGCUGAAGUUGAUGCUGUCAUCGGCUGCGACGGCAUCAAGUCACGCACGCGCCGCAUCAUGCUAGGCGACACUCACCCUGCUGCAGCCCCCGGCUACACAGAGAUCGUCGCCUACCGGGCCGUCCUCCCCCUCGAAGGCGUUGUGGCGGCACUCGGCGAAGACAGGGGACACAGCCAUUGUCUCGCCGUUGGGCCGGACGCAUACACCGUGAGCUACCCGAUCGCCAACAAGCCUCUCGCCAACAUGAUCCUCUUUCGCAAGCAGCGCGGUUCGUGGGCGAACUCUGACAAACUGCUCGAGACGUGCCACCGCUCGACCGCGCAAGACGCUGUCAAAGACUGGAAGCCUGAAAUCCAGCGCCUGGUCGACCUCCUACCAGAGAAUCCCAACAAAUGGGCCAUCUUCGAUACGUCAGACAACCCGGUGCCGAGCUAUGUGUCUGCCUCAGGACGCGUAUGUAUUGCAGGCGACGCCGCGCACGCGAGCACCCCGUUCCUUGCGUCGGGGGCGGCAAUGGGGGUGGAAGAUGCGGCGGUCCUAGCUACGGUUCUAAAUACUGCGCUUAAAGAGCAAUCAUACAACAAGACUACUGUCGUCAAGAGGAAGGCGAUUACAGCCGCGUUCCAGGCCUACAGCGGGAUCCGCAUGCAGCGCUCGCAACGGGUAGUCAAGGAUUCCCGCACGGUGGGCGAGGUCUGUAUGUGGCAGGACGCAGAGACGGCGCGGGACCCAGAAAAGUGUUUCCAGGCAAUCUGGCAGAGAUAUACGCAGAUCUGGGAGUUCGACGUGGAGGAGAUGGUGGAAAGAGCGAGGAGUGAGUGUGUGCGGUUGUUUAGUUAG